UGUUUUUUGCUUCAUUCAUAUUCAUUUUUGUUACGAUUUCAACUCUCAUAUUUCGCUUGUUUAUUAAUUCCAUUAGAUAAACAAGUCUGACAAGUCCCAACUGACACUCGGCUACGCCUAAUUUGAAGUUUGGCAGCGCCCCCAUCGGUAGUUGAUCGCGCGAAUAACAAACCAUUUUGAAAUGUGUCACGACACCAUGACAUUGAGACAUUCGGGUGUUCAGACAAUGACAUUGUUGUGCAAUUCACGUCACGACAUUGGAUGUCAGUACAUUAAUGUCACCGUGUGAACGAGCUUUAAGUCAGUUUGCGUUAUGGUGGGAAAUCGCCGAAAAAUAGUCGGCAAAGUUUGUGUGUGCCAAGUAUGUUGCCGCUUUUGCAAAAUGCAUCUGAUUUAAAAACUGCAAGCUAUUCGAUAGUUUCUCUGUUUUUUGGAUGAUAGUUCAAAGUGCCGUUUUCUCCAUUCGCUCCCUAUCCCUGGAUCAUCGCCACUAACAGAUUCUCUCGAGCAUCGUUUAAGCCUGACCCUCGCCGGCUCAUGAAUAUUUAACAAUUUAUUCCUGGAUAAGCAUAAUGCUUUAUAAAUUUCACAGUCCAUGAACGUGUUCCACUACCCGAUCUCACAUUUAAUUAGGACGAAACGCGCAAACACACGUAACACAGUCGCGCGUUACAAAUUAGGGCAGUUUUAGUGUGGUUUUUUAUGGGGGAGGGUGCUGUUGCAUGGUCUUUCGGGGACUGGAUUUGGGAACUGCAGCUUUCCCAAUCACCUCGAAGUGGGUAUUUUUAGCCAAGGCCUGAUUAAUAUGCAAUGAGCAGAUUGUAUUUCCAUGCAUGUAAAUGCAGGCAAACCGCAUCGAUCGCUUAUUAAAAGCGCUUUUUAUAUGCUCCUUAAUUAAGUAUUAAUCAUGCGAUAUUUUAUGACGACUGAUACACGGAGGCCCAUAUACCUACAUAUACAAAACGACACUGUUGCCCGUUUUCCAGGGUUUUCUUGCUACAAACAUACUCUUACCAUUAUGAAAAUCUGUGAGCUUGUGAGUCCUUACAGCAUGCUCUCACCCAUCCAAGCGGUUCCAGCAUUGCUAGCAGGACGCACAGUCACUCCACAGCCACUUUCGCGACAUCUGCCCGUAAAAGUCACGCGACAAGCUCAAUGGUCAAUGUGGCCCAACACCCUGUAGCUCCAUAUCGGCAUCAGAUUGAGAAAGUCCCGAAGGAGCGCCGGUAUAUUCGAGCGCCUGUCCCGCAAGGAAUGGGCUUCGGGAGGGCGAGCAGGACGUUUCGGCUACGGGCUCAGUCCUGCGCCCUGGACGGGAGCACGUGUGCGUGGCUUUGGAAGCCCCGAGGUCGGCUGGGCCGACGGAAGAAACGGGGGUCAGCCUUUAUUACGGCCGCCAAACUCCUGGAGCAUUUCCUUACCAGACAAGGGUGCGGACGAGCCGCAUUUGGUCCGCUUUUUAUUCAAAUCAGCCCUACAUUACCGGUUUUUAUGGGCCACAUGAGAAAACCCCGCGGUUGAAGGCAAAACUAUACUAUUAAGGAUGGCUAAUUAUCUUGAUCUACUCCUUUCGGUUUUCGAUCACACAAGUCCCUUCACAUUGCAGCCCAUGUAGCAUUUUUGGUCUAGAUGACGUCCAAAUGACGACAUUCGUCUUAUAUUAGUCCAUGGACUAAUAAGUUAGACGUCCAACUGACUGUGACGUAAGUCACAGCUUUAGUACGUCUAAAUGACCAAUCACAAUGACGCCUAGCUGACGAAUGCAAAAGCGUAAAUUAGACGUUAAGUUGAAUCAUUAUACAGAGUGAUUUUUUUUCGAUGACUAGUACAAGGAUCUUCAGAACUAGAGCAGUUACGAAGAAGGUCAACCGGACAAAGAAAUGCGGAAAACCGCAAUUCCGCCAGAACUUUUACCAAGAGUAAGUGCGGUAAAGCUUAACAAUACGAUCUGCUGUCACCCACGCACAAGCCCGCACGCACCGUACGCGCAGUCGAAAAUUCGAUACCGCUCAGCUAUAUUGCCAUCAAAGUAGAAAAUCCCAAUCAAAACAAACGUUCAAUAGAGAAUAGAGAGUUAUGGUGGGUUUAUACACGAGAAUAAGGAAUAACGCUUAAUGAUUAAGGCGUAUCUUAAAAGAUUGUUGUGCGUUAGUCCAUAGAGGUGUUUAUAAACCGAAUAGUGCCUAACGCUUAAGGAAUAAGGCUUAAGAAAGCUGCCAACUUUCAACUUUUAUCUUAUCUGUUAGGCGUUAUUCUAAUGAGGCAUGCGCAGUUUGUAAGAUAAAUGAUUUUCCAAUAUCCCAUGUGACCGCCAAACAUCGUAUUUACAGUUUGUUAUGAGGUUAGAAAACGAAAUUAUUAAACCAAAACGAACUACAACUUCUUCAGAGGACAAAUCCAUUUUAAUGUACAAUAUAGGUAUAUAUGAAAUAAGCUUUUAUUGGUAUGUUAUCGCGAUAAUGUUGACACAACCCUAUUGUUUCUUAAGCCUAUGCUGCAAUUUGAGUGGCUGUACAUAAAAUAAUAUUGUUCCUUAUUCUGCUUUAUAUACACCCCAAGUGGCGUUAUUCCUAAUAAAGCGUUCUUUUUAUGCCUUAAGCCUUAUCCUUAUUCUCGGGUAUAUACCCACCAUUAGGGCAGAAAGACCGAUUGGGUCGAUAGCCUUUUUCUAUAGGAAAUAAAGAUUAUUUAUAUAUAUAUACCCACCAUUAUUGGACGCUCAAUAAGGACAUGCAGUAAUAAAGCUAGUGGUAUUUUGAAACAUACGCGCCUGCGCAAUUGAGUCAGAAAAUAAGGGACCCCUUAAUAAGGGUACUGUUCCGUGCUAUUUGUGCAGCAAUACUGUACGCUUUAUUUCUACCUUAUACUGGCAAUUGACAUUUCUAACGUCCGCUUGCAGGUUAAGUCCACAGAUCACUAAUUUCUGUGGUCGGUGGCCACUGUGGAUACUGAAAGCAGUGAAUUAGGCAUUCCAAUAACUAUCAUUUCGUUAGAGAAAUAAGGCAAAUGCAGUGUUAAAAUAAGGAUUAACCUUAUUACUGCAUUACAGUACUUAUAAUUUCCAAUAACUUUCUAAUUGCAAUCUAGCAAAAUUUGAUAAAAGUCUGGUUCAGUUAUACUGCAGUUACUGCACCGCACAACGGUACACACACUAUAAGUUGCAAGACCGGCCAUUGUCCAAAAAUUUCCAACUUUAAAACUUAACUUUUAAAUUCUGGAGUUUUCAAUUUGAUGCGUCGUUGGUUAAGGAAGUGGUAAUAAUAAUACUGGCAACUGCGCAAAAAAUUUGGACUGACACGCCGGCGCCAAGAGCAAAACCAUCAUGGCGGUGCCUUUUGAUUUGUUUUGGAAAUUGGUGAAUUUCAGAGGGUGAAAAGUCGUGAAAAACGGCAUUUUCUCGAAAAAUCUAUAGGAAAAAUGUUGAUGGUUAUGAUAUUUUCUAUAAGGUGGACAUAGUCUUAAACGGUAACACGGCAGUCCUGAUAUCAGAUUACCUUAGCAAAAAUUAAAAAUAAAUAGCGAUUUGGCUUUUGUUGACCAUAAGCAACUUCUCGCCUUCCUGAACCCCUAUGAAACCCAGACGUAUAUGAGAGAGAUGAUAAAGAGAGAGAAAACGGCAACUCGACUAGUCCUUUAAGUCCUUAAAUUUCUAAUAAAUAUCAGGUGCUUGUGUCGUUUGAGUCCUUCCAAAUUUUCAGUUUUUCUUCCCUUUUUUCAAAAAUUUCCUGUAUGGUCCAUAAAUUAAGCUGAAAAACACUCACAAAGUUUGAGAAAAAUUACUACUUUCAGGCUAAAUUUCGAGUCCCAAAAAAAAAAAACCCAAACUGCGGCAAAGAUUUUUAGUUAAUAAAAUCUGACUAACAGCGCGCUAGAUAACCUCAAUCAAUGGACGACGUUGGAAAAAAUGCUCAAACUUUUGCGAAAAACACUGGUGAAUUUUUUUUCGCAAAAAGUGCUUAAUUUGAAGUGUUCUUUAAGGUAAAAAUCGGCGACAUUUAGUUGCUCCUCGCAUAUUUUGCUUAUACAACAAUAAACAAAUAAUUAAGAGAAGUAUUAAAAUAUAUGAUCAGUCAAUAACGAAGUAAGUAUUCAUAUAUUUAUUACUAUUUUUUUUUAAAAACAAAUAACAUUAUUAAUAGACGGUUGAAAGCCGCCAGCAGCCAUUACGGUGUUUUCUUGGUUGCGUGAUAUCUGGCAUACGGACGCAAACCGCGAAUGUUUGACAGCGACAUUCAAUUGUCUGGAACUUUGUGGAAAAACUUAUCUGACAUUAAUUUUGCUAGUUUUUCGGUUUUUCACGCUUUCAAAAGUUAUUUCCGUAAUCAGAAUCAAUAAAAUGAAAUCCAAAGCUUUUGCGUCGAUGAAUUUGGUUUUAACGAACAGCGAUGUAAAAAACUCAGUAAACACUUUCCAACUAUCCAAGAAAUAUGCCAAGAGACUGGUGAAAAUCUCGAUAUUGAACAUUAUUUACCAGCGAAUUGCGAUUUCUGAGAAGGAAUUUGAGGUGAAGAACUAUCAAAACAUUCCCUAUAGAGUAUGUAAACGCAAAUCUCAAAAUACUUUUAUCAGGGUAUAUUAUCAUUCGGCUUCCAAUGGUAUCAUUGAAGCUAUAGAAAAGGAUUAUCUGAAGGAAAUUGCAAUGCACAUCAUCGGAAAAGAUAGUGACGAGCUCUUGGAAACUUACAACAUAAAAAUUAAAUACAACAAGCAAGAUUCCAAGUCUAAUCAGAAAAGUUCAGCAGUAAAAGCCGCAACCAUGGAGUACUUUAAAGUUCUGACUGGAAUACCAGGGAAGAAGUGGCAAGAAGACAAUGUGAAAAUGUCUUUCGAGAUUUUUUAUAACAAAGGCGUUCCAAUUGAAUAUGAGCCUCCUAACUUUGAGCCAACCAAAGAACUGCUGUGUUCUAACCCAAAUAACUUAACAAGCUUGGGAAAUAUUUCCACUGGCUUUCAUAAAGUUAUUUCGUGGGGCCGCGGCGCAAAUUUUGCCGAAGUUCGAAAACUUACCCAUUCUGAAAACAGUUCAGUCCCAGUAAGUAAUGCGAAAAACAAUUUGUUGGAGGAUGAUGAUAAUAUGGAAGACAUCCCUGAGCUGAAGCGGAAACACAACAAUGGUACAUGCGGCGAAAAUGCGUCAAAAAAACAUAAACUGCAGGUCAUAUCACCUAAUAGUGACAUAAGUACAAAUGGAGAAAUUGAUUGGGGAAAUAUUUCUAUCCUGUCCAGUGAAGACACAUACUGUCCGUGUAAAUGGCGACUGCCUGACAAAUAUGAAACCAUAAAAUGCACCAAAUGUUUUGGAAAAGUGCAUUUAGCAUGCCACGGAUACAUCAGUAUCGAAGCUGUUGAUAAAACUAAGUUUAGCUGCUAUACAUGCGUAUAUUCUAGAACUAACCAGAACAAAUUAAACAACAUGAAUAUGUUGAUGAAAAUGAGAGCAAUUCUCUAUGGAAUUCGACUUGAAAAGUCCAUUCCAUGUGAAAUUCAGUUGGCGACUAAAAAUGAAGCUGCGUAUAUUCUAGAACAACUAGACUCACUUGGAGUUUUUGACUGGUCCUCUUCUUCGUUUAUCAAAAUCAACGACAAGUCCUUAAGCAGUGCAAUCCUCGCAACAUUUAAUUUUGAAGAUUCUCGAUACCUUAAGUAAAUUUAAAAAAAUUGUUUUUGCAUUUGUAUAUCUACAUAUUUAUUACAGUUAUUUAAUAGUUUCAUACGAUAUACUUAAUUGUUAUAGUUUCAAAGAGGCAAAUAUUUUCUUUCCAAUGUAAUCAUUGUCCUCCACUUGUUACUCUCUGAUAUAUUAUCUUAUGUAGUACUUAUAUUUGUUCUUUGUUCGUUUUGCGGAUUAUGUUUAAUGAAGAAAUUGGUGAAAUCAAUUAAAGUGAAUAACUGAUUGUUUAUAGUUAAAUAAUGUGAAAAUUUUGAGUUCCUAAAUAUACGGAAAAGUAAAAAGAAA